AUGCCUGGGAUUCUACCAAUGAAGGUCAUUAAGGUGGGCACGAAUGCGCAAUCGCGGAUCGCGCAGGCGUGCGAUAGGUGUCGGAGUAAGAAGAUACGCUGCGAUGGCGUCCGGCCGACUUGUUCGCAGUGUUCGAAUGUUGGGUUCGAGUGCAAGACGAGCGAUAAGCUGAGCAGGAGGGCGUUUCCACGCGGCUACACGGAAUCGUUGGAAGAGCGGGUACGAGCGCUAGAGUCGGAAGUGAGGGAUUUGAAAGACUUGUUGGACGAGAAAGAUGAGAAGAUCGAUAUGCUGUCAAGGCUGCAUUCGCAGUCGACGCAUGCGUUCCAGCUGCAGUCUCCACGAAGGACGUCCACGGAGUCAGCGGAACCGAAGUCGCAGAAGGAGACACCUGUGGAAUCGCCUGCGGAAAAGGAGGACUUGUUCAAAGUGCAACAGUCGCCGUACUUACUCGAUGGUGAGGGUACGGACUCUUACUUUGCAGGCACAUCGAGCAGCAGAACAUUCAUCGAGGCGUUCAAGCAGAAGGUGCAGGAGAAGGGACAGUCGACGUCCGAGAUCUACACGGACAACUUGCUUCCUCAUAGUGUUAAGUCGUCUGAUACAGGCGGCGAGGAGAAGGAAGUUGUGUGGAAAGCGCCACCGAGACUGGUGUCGGAUCAACUGGUCAACGUCUUCUUCCAGGAAUGGGCGCCAGUGUUCCCAGUCUUGCACCGACCGACGUUCCUGACGCUUUACGAAAAGUAUGUUGCCGAUUCGGAGCAGGUCACUGACAAGGCAGAGCUGGCGCAGCUCAACCUAGUGUUCGGUAUCGCAGCUCUGUCGAGUGGCACUCGCAAGUCGGACGACCUUGAAAGCUUCCAGAGCCAGUGGAAAGCAGCCAUCGAUGCCGUCUUGAAAGAGAACUCGAUGCCGACGCUACAGGCUCUGGUGCUGGCGCAGAUAUUCUGCAUUCUGCAAGGAGACUACACUGCCCUGCUGACCUACAAAGGUCUUUCGACAACCCUUUCGGCACGUCUUGGUCUUCAUCAGUCGCAGAAGCGAUUCACAUUGGGCACGCUGACAUGCGAGACCCGCAAGAAGGUGUUCUGGACAUUGUACACCGUCGACUGCUUCUCCGCUGUGUCCCUUGGUUUGCCAAAGCACAUUAAGGAUGCCGAUGUGCAUUGCGAGUUCCCGACCGAUGCGGAUGACGAGUAUGUGACGGAGCGUGGCUUCCAGCCUACAUUGCCUGGCGAGUCGACGAAGGUGUCCAGCGCCCUUGCGCUGUUCCGCGCUGCUCUGAUCCUGUCAAAAGUGCUGGAAGAAGUGUUCCCAGCGAAGACAUCAUACGAACUGUCUUUGAAGAAACUGUCGGAUCUUUCGGAUGAGUUGGAUAACUGGAGCUCCUCGCUGGCACCGCAUCUGCGCUUGCAGUUCGUUCAGGAUAAGCCGAGUACUGGGACUGUCAACAGUCGGUCGCCGAUACUGUCGCUGGCGUACCACUACAUCCGCGCUUUGAUCCAGCGGCCUGCGAUCUGCUCAUCCUCGCUUGGUGGGAGGUCUUCAUCAUCGAUGAUCAUCAUGGCCAACUCUUGCAAGCACAUUGUCCAGAUCAUACAGCUACUGAACGAGCGAGGACUCAGCUUCGCCUUCUGCCUCAACCGCGAUGAGCUGCUCGUCACUGCUGGUUUCGGCUUGCUGUUCCAAGGCCUCACUCUGGAUCCCAGCAGCAAAAUCCUCAAAGACAAUCACAAGAUGCUCUACGCUGUCUUUGGCGUCCUCGAAAAGUCGCAUGCACCGUGUGCGUCAGAGUUCAAGCGUGUUGCAUGCAUGUUCAUCCCUUCUCCACCAUCACCAAAACCGCGGAUGGAAGCACCACUGAAGCCUAAUAACAAGCUACCGUCGAUAUCCCGACACAAUUCGGAUGGCGCAGUGGUGGAGAACGACAAGACAACUUCACCUUCUACUACGAAGAAACAGCUCAAAGCUAUUGCUUCUCGCCUUACCGCAGGGAGCAUCUUGAAGCAGCCUCCGUCGUUCAACGUCCCGGAUCACCGCCGAUCGACUGUCCACAGCAUCAGUCUCCACCCGCACGGCGUGCCCAGCCAAAGCCAGCCGUCCUUACAACCACCCACCGCCCGCUACGACCCAUCGUCGAUGUCUCGCUCAGAACCCGCUCGAAGCCCGGUCAACAUCUACAGCCGUCCACCUUCUGCCGCCCAACGUCCAGCCGCACGCCCUCCCCAGACAACACAACACAUCAAACCCAAGCCCCCGCGCGCCCAGACCCUUACCAACCUCGACUAUCUUUCCUUCGGCACCGAGCACGACAUCCAACCCCAGCCCCGUCCCAACACCCAACCUGUCAAGCCCGAACCCGGACCCACGGACUGGGAGAAAUUCCUCGGCGACAUGGACAAUGGCCAAACAAACAUCUAUGACGCAUGCUAUGGCGGCGGUCAGCCAGUCGAUGCUCGGCUCGACAUCCCGUCUUUCGGAACACACCACAACAACCAGUCCACCGGCACCAUCAAUGACGUAGCCUGGAACGGGGACCUCUGGGCCUUGAGCACGACUGAUACGAACACGAGUGUGAAUUCGAUGUUGACGACGAGUAGUGGCGGGCAUCCGGACAGUAUUCUGUCGUUCGAGACGGAGGAUGGGAGUGGGAACGGGAAUAGCAGCACGGAGGACUUCACUUACACGGGGAACGGGCAGUGCAUGUCGAACGAUGUGUAUCGGGGGAUCGUGAUGCCGGAGUUCGGCCCGGGGGAUGAUUUGGGGUAUGGGGAUGGGUGGGAUAGCAGUUUGAAUUUGUGA